AUGAUUUCCACAAGGGUGAUGGACUUGAAGCUGCGGGAGGCCGCAGAGGGCCUUGGAGAGGACAGCGCAGGAAAGAAAAAGUCCAAAUUCAAAACGUUUAAGAAGUUCUUCGGGAAGAAGAAGAGAAAGGAGUCGCCUUCCUCCACAGGAAGUAGCGCCUGGAAACCAAGUGAGAAGAGUGAGGUCAUUGCCAUCGAGGCGGGGCCGGUGGGCUAUGACUCAGAGGAUGAGCUGGAGGAGUCGAGGGGCGCGCUGGGCAGCCGGGCCCUCUCACAUGACAGCAUUUUCAUCCCUGAGUCGGGACAGGACCCUACGCGGCCUGUGCGGGUGUUUUCCCAAGAAAACGUGUGUGACCGAAUUAAGGCUCUGCAGUUAAAAAUACAGUGUAAUGUGAAAAUGGGGCCACCCCCUCCUCCAGGGCGCCCUCCUGCCAAGCGGGGAGAUGAUGCCGGCAUGAGUUCUGAGGACGAUGGACUGCCCAGAAGCCCCCCAGAGAUGUCCCUGCUGCACGACCUGGGUCUCGGCACAACCAUAAAGGCAAACCAGCUCUCCUCCAGGCACACGAGCGAUGCCCCCGUCUUCUCCAGGGCCUUGGACAGCAGUGUGGCGCCGGUGGCUGAUUUCAGUUACCCCCCAGAAUUCUCCUCCUGCCUGGACAACUCUGCAGCUAAGCACAAGCUCCUGGUUAAGCCCCGCAACCAGCGGUCAAGCAAAAUGAGGCGUCUGUCUUCGCGGGCACAGUCCGAAUCCCUGAGCGACCUGACAUGCACCCUCGAGGAGGAGGAAUCCCACGAGAAGCCAUUACCCAUGGUCAGCUCAGAGGAGAAGCCCAGUGCUGGACAGCAGGAUGGGGUGCUGGACAGAGGCCCCGAGCCUGGGGAACCGGCCACCGUGCUGCCACCUGUGGGACCCCGUGCAAGACGGGCACGCCUGCAGCACUGCCCGGCGCUCAGUGCCAGUGCUGAGGAGGAGAGCUCCCCUGGGGACAAUCCCUCGAGCCGCCCAGCCACCCCAGAGGUCGCAGAGUCCGUGUCAGGCCCAGCCCCCUGCUUGGAGUCCCCACAUCUGCCGGAGGAUUCCCCGCACCCCGAGCCUGACAGCAAAAAUCAGAGGGAGGAGCCAUCUCUUGAAAGCAUGUGUCUGCCAUCCGAGGACACAGCUGACGAGGUGGUUUGUACUUCUGGAGACACUGAGAGCUUGUUAUCUCCCUGUGUCCCUGAGGAAGACACAACACCUCCUGGGGCCGGCCCUGCCAUCCCCAUUGAGAUUCCCCCUGGUACAGACGGGCCAGACCCCAGUGUACAGAAGGAGGCAGAGCUGACACCUCCCUGUGUCCCUGAGGAAGACACAACACCUCCUGGGGCCGGCCCUGCCAUCCCCAUUGAGAUUCCCCCUGGUACAGACGGGCCAGACCCCAGUGUACAGAAGGAGGCAGAGCUGACACUGGCAGAGCCCAGUCCCCAGGGAGCAGAGACUCAGUGUUCUGAGGACCAUGCCCCCAGCCCCCCAGCCCCCAAGAGCUGCUUGAAACACAAGGCCCCAGCGGCAAUCCGGAGCCUCAGCGUGUCCCCCACCCCACCCACUUCAGAGUCACCUCCAGAGGAGCUCACUCCCUGUGCCCUGGACAAAGAUGUCACCCCCAUGGAGUCCCCCAGGGCUGAACAGGCUGAGUCCCCACACAGGGAGCCCGAAAGGGAGGCACCGGAGCAGAAAAUCGGGAGAGGAGGUGGCAAGCCACGGGGCGUGAAGAAGUUCUCCGUGUCCUCAGGCCGGGCGUGGCCACACACAGGCCACAGAGAAAGGCUGGGGCGCCCUAGCCCCAUGGGCCCCACUGCUGUCCCCUCCACUGUCCGGCUGCCCCUGUUGAGGAGCAGCCUGGCCUGGAAGAGCGAGGCCGCCCUCGAUGACCUCCAGACGCCUCUGGAGCAUCAGAACCAAAAACUGGACCCUCAGGAGCCACCUUCACCAGCUGAGUGUGGCUCUCAGGACUCAGGGAUCAAGGUGGCCAGCCAGGCUGGGCUGGAGCGGAACCCCCAGGAUGCGGCGACCACACCAGCCACAAGAGAGCCCUGCCCCACUACCCAGGAGCCUCUCCCGAGUGGGGACAGAGGCCCCUUCCCCGUCAAGCUCCGGUCCACGUCUCUCUCCUUCAAACACAGAGAUGUGUCCUCACCAGAAGUGAAAGGAAUCAAGAGGUACAGUGCUGAGGUCAGGCUAGAAAAAGGAGGACUGGCUCUGCUCUCAAAAGAUGACAAGUGUCACAUGGGGACGGCCCCCACUAUUCGAGGGGCCAGGUCCCCCAACAGCCAGGGGAAGGGGAAGGCCCGGUCAUCGGAGCAGCCGGGCUCUAAGCCACCCCUGCCCAGGAAGCCGCUUCUGCAAGCCCUCACCCUCCCGUACCCACCGGCGUCCCUGGAUGUCAGCCCCGGAGAGCUGGACAAGGCCGCGCCACCCCCGGGCCCCAGAAAGGAGAGCCGGGCGAUGGAGAAAAGGUUGCCCCACCGGGGAGCUGAGAAGGGUCUGCCUCCCACAGCAAAGGGGCCUGGAGCCGAGGGCCAGCCUGGGCUGCCCUGGAUCACCAUCACUCCACAGAAGCGGCAAGGGGCCCCUGAGCAGCCACCCAACCAGGAGGACAAGCAUGGGGCCCAGACCCUGAAGUCUGAAAUCGGGAAGUCAGCCAAGGCCCCCGAGAGAACGCAGGAGCCCAUGAAGCAAGCCGACUUUGUCCGCAGCAAGUCUUUCCUGAUCACCCCGGCUAAGCCCUCUGUGGACCGAAGGCCAGGAGCAAAGUUCUGCCUCCAGGAGGGGCUGCAAAGAGGGAUCUCUCUGUCCCACCAGAACUUGGCUCAGUCUGCAGCAGUGACGGAGAAGGAACUGCAUCAGCUGAAGAGAGCCAGUUACGCCAGUGCAGACCAGCCGUCCUGGAUGGAACUUGCCAGAAAGAAAUCUCAAGCCUGGAGUGACAUGCCCCAAAUUAUAAAAUAG